CUAUGGUCAUACUAUACCACAAUUUAAGCUGCGGAUUUUAAUUUUUAAUUUUAGUAUUCGAGGACUAAAAUAAAGAUAAGUAGGAGUUUCAGUUAGUCUUGUUUAAUUAAUAAAAAUGAACGUAAAAAAAGGAAAAGGCCCGGUCUUCGACCCAGGUCUUUGCCGGUGUUGUGGUAUGUUAAAAAAAUGCCGUGUUUUGAAUGUGGAAUACGAGAGUUUGGGCCAGCUGGAAAUCUAUUCGGAUAUGAUAAUGGAUUGUUAUGGUCUCUUGCUUUCUCACUUGGAUGGCAAGCUGUCUGAGAGGCUGGUGUGCGCCACGUGCGUGCAGCGCCUGCGCGACGCGCUCGCCUUCAAGCUGCAGGUGCUGCAGUGCGAGGCGGCCUUCCUGCAGGCGCGGCUGUGCGCUGACGGCCAAGAGACUGAUGCAAAGGUAGAAGAAAGUGAUUCAAAAAUAGAAGUGGAAGUGAAAAUGGAACCGGCGGAGGAGCCGGAACCGGACCGGGACGCGCUCGCGGAGCACGGGAGCUAUGAAACUAAGCUCCUGGAGGAUGCAACAGCAUAUGAGUCCUCCAACGAAGACGUACCUCUUCAAGUCCUGGUGUCAGAGAAGCCUCAAAGGAAACCCAGGGUGGAUUUCAGUAGCAUCCCAAAGCGAACUAUUGAAAGGCCAAAGAUACCGAUGUCAAAAUUGCAGCAGCGGAUGCGGGAAAGAGACCCAUCGUACAUAACAGAGACAAACACACUCACCAUAGUCGAGUUCUCGUACGUCUGCCCGUUCAAGUGCCGCCACAGCCAUCUCCUGUGCUUCUACUGCGGAGAGAACUUCUCAGACCCUCAACUACUCAGAGACCACACCUUGGACUCUCACCAUCCGAAGAAGUUCAAAGUUACGGGUCACAAAAACAUGCUCAAAGUGGACCUGACUCGGAUAGACUGCAGAUUGUGUUCGGAAAAGAUCGAUUCCUUGGAGGAUUUCAAGAAGCAUAUAACGAGUGUGCACAACAAGAAGUACUACUUCAGCAGCCGGGAGAUGCUUCUGCCCUUUCGUCUGUCUCAACACGAGUACAAGUGCGCGCUGUGCGACGCCGCGUUCGCGUACUUCCACGCGCUGAACAAACAUAUGAACGAACACUAUAGCAACUUCAUGUGUGAGACGUGCGGCCUGGGCUUUGUGGACCGCGCCAGGUUCCUGAUGCACCAGCAGCGCCACGACCAGGGGGACUUCCCGUGCCGCGAGUGCGGCAAGGUGUUCCGCGCGCAGUACAACAGGGAGCUGCACGUCGACCGAGUCCACAGGAAGAGAGGGCGCGUGUACUGCCCCAAGUGCGACGUGCGGCUCAUGUCCUACCCGCAGAAAUUGAAGCACCUGAAGGAAGUCCACGGCGAAGCGCCCAUGGCUUUUCCCUGCAACAUGUGCGAUAAGGUUUGCGAGAGUAGACGGCAACUCACAAUACACGGACGCAAAGCGCACCUCAAGGACUACAGGUACGAGUGCCAGUGCUGCGGGCAGAAGUUCUUCACGCGGUUCGCGCUCACCAACCACAUGCCGACCCACACCGGGGAGAGGAACUACAAGUGCAAGGUCUGCGAGAAGACCUACCCUCGCCUCAAGACGCUGAAGGACCACGUGCGCAUCCACACCAACGACCGCCGCUACCGCUGCCACGUGUGUGGACAGGCCUUCAUACAGAACUGCAGUCUGAAGGGCCACAUGAAGACUCAGCACCCCGAGUACAGCUAACUUGUGUCGACCUACCCUCGCCUCGAGGCGCUGAAGGACCACGUGCGCAUCCACACCAACGACCGCCGCUACCGCUGCCACGUGUGUGGACAGGCCUUCAUACAGAACUGCAGUCUGAAGGGCCACAUGAAGAC